CCCCGUGCGGCGCACGUGGGGCUGGGCGGUCCGCGGGUCCCGGUGAGCCGGCACCAUGGAGCGGACGGGCUGGAAGGGGCUCUGCCUGUCGCUGUUUGACUACAAGACCGAGAAGUAUGUCGUCGCCAAGAACAAGAAGGUGGGCCUGCUCUACAGGCUGCUGCAGCUCUUCAUCCUGACGUACCUGGUCGUAUGGGUGUUCCUUAUAAAGAAGGGUUACCAAGACGUGGACACCUCCCUGCAGAGUGCGGUUGUCACCAAAGUCAAGGGUGUGGCCUUUACUAACACCUCGGCGCUCGGGGCGCGGCUCUGGGAUGUUGCCGACUACGUCAUCCCAUCUCAGGGAGAGAAUGUCUUCUUCGUGGUCACCAACAUGAUCGUGACCCCCAACCAGCGGCAGCAGACCUGUGCUGAGAGAGAAGACAUUCCUGAUGGUAUGUGCUCUGAGGACAGUGACUGCCACCCUGGCGAGGCUGUUAUAGCUGGACAUGGAGUAAAGACGGGCCGCUGCCUGCGUGCGGGGAACUCGGCCAGGGGCACCUGUGAGAUCUUCGCCUGGUGCCCACUGGAGACAAAGUCUGGGCCACAGGAGCCGUUCCUGAAAGAGGCUGAAGACUUCACCAUAUUCAUAAAGAACUUCAUUCGGUUCCCCAAAUUCAACUUCUCCAAGAGCAAUGUGAUGGACAUCAAGGACAAAUCUUUCCUGAAAUCCUGUCACUUUGGCCCUGAGAGCCUCUACUGCCCCAUCUUCCGGCUGGGGUCCGUGAUCCGCUGGGCGGGGAGCAACUUCCAUGAAAUGGCCCCGGAGGGUGGUGUGAUAGGAAUUCGUAUUGAAUGGAACUGUGAUCUUGAUAAAGCUGCCUCUGAAUGCAACCCUCACUAUUCUUUUAGCCGUCUGGACAACAAACUUGCAAAGUCUGUCUCCUCUGGGUAUAACUUCAGGUUUGCCAGGUAUUACCGAGACCAGGCUGGGGUGGAGUUCCGCACCCUCAUGAAAGCCUACGGGAUCCGCUUUGAUGUGAUGGUGAAUGGCAAGGCAGGGAAGUUCAGCAUCAUCCCCACCAUCAUCAACGUGGGCUCGGGGCUGGCGCUCAUGGGUGCUGGUGCUUUCUUCUGUGAUCUGGUACUCAUCUAUUUAAUCAAAAAGAGCGGGUUUUACCGUGACAAGAAGUACGAGGAAGUGAGAUCACAUCCUCCAGACAAUGUCCUGGAAGCCGAGGAGGAGGAGGAGCCAGGGCUGGGGCUGUCAGAGCAGCCUGCCUCGGGGCCAGGGCUUCAGAAGCAGCCGGAGCAGCACAAGGCACAGCAGGGAAGCGGCAUCCGGAAGGGGAAUGGCUAUGUGUGCCCGAAGCGCCUUGAGCCCAGCAGGGCUCGUCACCUGGUGAACGUGGAGCAGCUGCAGACCCUGCAGACAGUGGAGACGUAGCCAGAGCUGCUGGCUGAGAACAGAUUCAGUGACGACGUCGGGCCCUGAACCACCCACAGCUCUGAACUGGGAAGAGGUGUCUUUGUGCCUGCGUGAGACAGGGGCUUCCAGGCACAGCCAUCUCAUCUGUACUUUGGAAUCUUGCUGCAAGCUUUUUGUCACGUGAGGCGGGGGGCCACCCAAUGGCCAGAGUGGCUCAGGUCCAGAAGAGACGGUCCUGGAGCAGGCAUCCAGGGAAGGGGGCUGGCCAGGGCCUGGGUGGAACGAGAGUGUUUUAAUUGUCUCUGAGGACCUGGUUGGACAUCCAUUCAUUCGUACAGGCAGUAAACAUUUAUCGAUGCAUGCUGUGUGCUGCGCCCCAGCCAAGAGACGCUGACGUGAGAUGCUGACCUGCCCUCAGGGAAGGGGGCACCUGUGUAACUCCUCCAAGGCCAACCGAGACAUGGCAGCCAGGCCCAGCCACUCUGGCCUGCCUCUAGCUGCGUUUCACAGAUCCCUGUGGUAAAUGAUGGUUGCUCAGAGAAAGCCCUUGGACCACAUCCAAGGGGACACUUGGCCCUGGCCCCAGGGAUAAAAUUUAAAGGAGGCCAAGGAGGCCACAAGGAAAGGCAGCUGGCUGUUAAGGGGACAGACCAACUCCAAGGGCUUCUAGAUGUCCUUGAGCAUCUCAGCUAAGGACUACAGUGCCUCGUAGAGUUCCUGAAUCACCCCACUUGGAAUGGCAUCUUACGUGUCUGGAAAAGGACUCCACUUGGUUCCAGUCCACGUCCUCCCUCCAAUGAUGGGACUUUCCUUGGAGCGUACUUUCCUGUGGAUCCAAGAACUCGACACCUUUCUGCCAGCUGUGUCCCCUUAGGCCAGUACACAGAACAAAGAGGAGGAAGAUGGCACUUUCUGGGACCUGCCCAAUGUAUGUGCUCUGACACUUUUCUUUGGUUAUAAAACAAUAAAAGGUGUCAAUUUCA